AGGUGGCGGCGGCGCUGCGGUUGGGAGGGAGCGCGGCAGGAGCAGCGCGGCCGAGGGCUGAGGGAUUCCCGGGCCGGACGAACCGACUUUGCAGAGGUCGCCUUCGGGCCAACGCUCAGGACCCUGGAGACAGCGUCACAGCCAUUACCACAUCGAGUGACACUAACACUUGAUCAGUCUUGAGAAAGGCGUCAUAGGCAGAAGCCUGUGGGAAUCAGCUCUUUGUGUCUGUGGGCUCCUCACAGCUGCUGUUCAGAUCUGGCCUAGAGACUUGCACUUUCCAGGAGGCUGUUUGCAUGUCCAGUCCUGCGAUUGAUUUCUGCUCGACAGAUUAACCAAAAACAAGAGGACCUAAAUCUGUCUACGUUCUGAGUGCUGCUCUUGGCAAGACCCUUGUUACAGGCCUUAGGCCCAAUUCUGCCUUGCUACCUUACCUCAACCUCACCCCAGAGAUCAUUCUGGGGUCCCCCUGAGGUUGGCAGUGUGAAGAUGACCAGCGCCUUCCUAGCAUGACGACUUUGGACCAUGUGAUUGCAACCCACCAGUCAGAGUGGGUCUCCUUCAAUGAAGAGCCACUCUUUGCCACCCCUUCCAAGGUGGGUACCGAAGAGCACCUCCCAGCAUUGUCAUCUUCCUCAGACCAGUCUGAGAACUCCUCUGCAGAGAACCAUGUGGUGGAUGGGGGCUCUCAGGACCUUUCCCCUUCGGAGCAGGAUGACUCCUCUGAAAAGAUGGGCCUUAUCUCUGAAGCAGCCUCUCUACCUGGGACCCCUGAGCAGCCCCCACCUGAUCUGGCCUCAGCCAUCAGCAGCUGGGUUCAGUUUGAAGAUGACAUGCCCUGGGCCAGUGCAUCCCCACCUCAUAAAGAAACAGCCCUACCACUGACCAUGCCCUGCUGGAUGUGCCCUUCCUUCGACUCCCUACGAAGAUGCCCUCUGACUUCUGAGAGCAGCUGGACUACCCAUUCUGAAGACACCAGCAGUCCUAGUUUUGGCCGUUCAUACACAGACCUGCAGGGCAUCAAUGCUGAGGAGCAGACGAGUGGCCAGGCUUCUGGGGCUGACUCAACUGACAAGAGGACCGAGUGGCAGACAGGCAGGCAGACGGCGGUGAGUCCUGUUCAAGCAUGCAUCGAGCAGACCUCCACCCGUACCCACAGCCCGGACCCCGCAUCACCCUCACCCCAGCCCUGGAGCUGCCAGAGCCCCGGCCAGGGUCCCACUGACAAUUCUUCUUCACUCCAGGAAGAUGAAGAGGUAGAGAUGGAGGCCAUUGGCUGGCGGGCCAGCAGUCCAGCCAUGAACGGGCAUCCUGCCCCUCCAGUGACUUCUGCUCGUUUCCCCAGCUGGGUCACUUUCGAUGAUAAUGAAGUCAGAUGCCCUUUGCCACCAAUCACCUCUGCUCUGAAGCCGAAUACACCACCUAGUUUAUCAGUGAUCCCAGAUGUACCUCGUGACUCAACAGGGUCAUUUAAGAAGCGAGACCGUCCCAAGAGCACUUUGAUGAACUUCUCCAAAGUUCAGAAGCUGGACAUUUCCUCUUUAAACCGUCCACCUUCUAUAACCGAGUCUCCACCCUGGAGUGCAACCAACCCUUUUCUAAAUAAGACUCUACAGGAUGUACAGCCCUCCCCUAUCAACCCUUUCAGUGCUUUCUUUGAGGAACAAGAGAGGCGCUCCCAAUACAGUGCCAUUUCCAGUACCAUAGGCAAAAGCCAGCGAGAUUCCCUCAUUGUCAUCUACCAGGAUACCAUCAGUUUUGAUGACUCAAGCAAAAACCAGUCGCACUCUGAUGCUGUUGAAAAACUCAAACAACUGCAAAUUGAUGAUCCUGAUCACUUUGGCAGUGCAGCGCUCCCUGAUGACGACCCGGUAGCCUGGGUUGAACUAGAUGCUCACCUACCUGGGUCAGCACCAUCCCGGUGCAGGGAUGGGUGGCCAAUGAUGCUGAGAAUCCCUGAGAAGAAAAACAUUAUGUCCUCCAGGCAUUGGGGACCGAUCUUCGUCAAACUAACGGACAGUGGCUACCUGCAGCUGUAUUAUGAGCAAGGCCUAGAAAAACCAUUCCGUGAGUUCAAGUUGGAGAGUAGCCAUGAGAUUUCAGAACCCCGGCUUCAGAACUAUGAUGAGAAUGGCAGGAUCCACAGCUUACGGAUAGACCGUGUCACCUACAAAGAGAAGAAGAAGUACCAGCCCAAACCUGCUGUGGCCCACACAGCAGAGAGGGAGCAAGUGAUUAAGCUGGGCACCACCAAUUACGACGACUUUCUGAGCUUCAUCCAUGCAGUUCAGGACCAGCUCAUGAAUCUCCCGGUGUUGUCAAUGGACUUGAGUACAGUUGGCUUGAGCUACCUUGAAGAGGAGAUCACAGUGGAUGUCAGAGAUGAAUUCUCUGGCCUUGUGAGAAAAGGAGACAACCAGAUUCUCCAGCAUCAUGUCUUGACACGGAUCCACAUUCUGAGUUUCCUUUCUGGGCUCGCAGAGUGCCGCCUGGGUCUCAAUGACAUCCUCAUCAAAGGGAAUGAAAUAGUUUCGCGGCAGGACAUCAUGCCCACCACCACCACGAAGUGGGUCAAGCUCCAUGAGUGCCGCUUUCAUGGGUGUGUGGACGAGGACGUGUUUAACAAUUCGCGGGUUAUUCUGUUUAACCCCCUGGACGCCUGCCGGUUUGAGCUGAUGCGGUUCAGGACAGUGUUCACUGAGAAGACCUUGCCUUUCAUGCUCAGGACAGCAGCAAGCAUCAAUGGGGCGGAGGUGGAGGUGCAGAGCUGGCUGAGGAUGUCCACUGGCUUCUCCUCUAAUCGAGACCCCCUCACUCAGGUUCCCUGUGAGAAUGUGAUGAUCCGUUACCCUGUGCCCAGUGAGUGGGUGAAAAACUUCCGUAGGGAGAGUGUCCUGGGGGAAAAGUCUUUGAAAGCCAAAGUGAACCGGGGGGCAAGUUUUGGCUCCACUAGUGUCUCUGGCUCUGAGCCUGUCAUGAGGGUCACCCUGGGAACUGCCAAGUACGAGCAUGCCUUCAACUCCAUUGUGUGGAGAAUAAACCGACUGCCCGACAAAAACUCAGCUUCUGGUCACCCACACUGUUUCUUUUGCCACCUUGAACUUGGCUCUGACCAGGAAGUGCCUUCCAGAUUUGCCAACCAUGUGAAUGUCGAGUUCAGCAUGCCCACAACUUCUGCCUCCAAAGCUGCUGUAAGAUCCAUCUCCGUGGAAGACAAGACUGACAUCAGGAAGUGGGUCAAUUAUUCUGCACACUACAGCUACCAGGUGGAAAUUGAGCAAAAAAAAAGUUUGAAGCCAGACUUUGAAGGAGAUGAAAUGGAAAACCCCAAGGAGUGUGGAGUACAGUGACAAAACCCAACAGCAAAGAACCCUGACUCCAGAGUCAUGACAGGGUGUCGUCUCGCCUGCUGUUGGGAACAGUGUGUCAGACCUUCCUGUUCACAGUUACGUGCGUUUUAACAGGAAAUCCUGAGGUGGUUGCUUUGGAGGGGCCCUUUGACUCUGCUCACACCUGAAGCACGUGGUUUACCUGACUUCUGGGGCUGACAGUAUAGUUAAGCUUCCUUGUCUUUCUCUGCUUAUCUUACCAGUCAAAACUGGUACGUGGUUUGUUUUGACAGGAGAGAAGCUCCCACAUCAGUGUUGACAUGAUGUCCUUGUGAUAGUCAUCUGUCACUCACAUGAGUUUCUAGAAAAGACAGUCUUGAGAAGUUAAGUAAGAAUCUAUCUCUUUUGCUUUCUCUAGAAAAGGUUCAGAAAAGGUGCAAAAUAAAUUUCUUCCUUGGAUCUGCUAGACCUUUUGCAGGUCUCUCUGUUCUUUGAUUAUUAACACUAUGCAGCAGAAGUUUUUGACACGUUUUCCUCCUGGCUCUAGAUUAUUUAGAUUGAAACACUUUUUCCAUCUUUCUAAGGUUGGUUUCAGUCCCAUGAUUUGCUAUCCUGAGUUAUAAUAGACAAUGGAAAUAGACCCAAUAGGAUACUUUUUUAUUCUGUGAAUAGACUUACAUUCAUCAAAAGGGCAACUAUUAAAGAAAGACACAAGACUAAGCUUAUUUUUCUUCAUUCUGGGGAAAAGAGACAUUAAGUGUAAGAUUAUAUUCACUUCAGAAGAUAGCUUCAAUCUCAGUGAAUACCUAAAUUUCAUACUGAAAAAGACAGGCUACUGGCGGCGCCUGUGGCUUAAAGGAGUAGGGCACUGGCCCCAUAUGCGGAGGUGGCGGGUUCAAACCCAGCCCAGGCCAAAAAAACCCGCCAAAAAAAAAAAAAAAAAAGACAGGCUACUUCUGAUUCCUGAAACAACUGUAGGCAUAUAUUACCUCAAGCAUUUGUAAAGGUCAUUUGGGAGUUCUUUUUAUACCUCAUAAUCAAUAGACGAUUGUAUGUCUCUUUAACCCAAACUUUAUGUAGGAAAUUUAAGCUGAAAAGAUAAUUUUAAAAGCUAUUCUAAAAUUAAGCUUGAAUGAGCUUCCCCCAAAAUCCAGAAUUUAAUAAUCAUAGUGUUGUAAUAGAUCAAAAAGAUCUCUCUAGGGUAGAGAGGGGGGAAAACCAUAUUUUUCUAACAUUGGGUAUAUUAAAAUCCUGAGUUCAAAGGUCAGAGCACUCCUUGUCCUCCUUCUGUUUCUGGGACAGUCAUCAUCUCCUUCAUCUAUCCUUGCUCUCUUCUGCCCUUAUUUAUACCAUGAUGUUUUCUCCAGUGAAGAAUAGAGUGAGGGGACAGGAAGCAUACAUCACAUUUGCUGAUGAUGCAGAAAUAGACAGCAGUAUCUCCAGUUUGGGGGGCUGAUAGAUUCAAGAUUAAUUUAUUUAUUAAAUGAACAGUCAUUGAAUACUAACUAUGUACUGACACUAGCAUAUAGAAACCAUUACAGUGUUCUGAAAUAAUCUGAAUAUAAGACUGAAACUAAAAGAAUGAGAUUGAAUGAGCAUUAAUGAGAAACCCUGUUAUGGGAUUUUAAAAUGCAACCCUCAGAGUAGAGUGGAGUGUGUAUGUUGAUGGGAAGGAUAUUGGAAAAACCAGGUUUCACAGUAGUUUACAUAGAAAUGUUUUCUUAGGGAAAUGGGAGUUCAGUUUUAAAUUAACAAUACAUUGUGGCUAUUCACAAAGCUAAUGCACUCAACCUCUGUUAAAAGUUCAGGGAUGCCGUGAAGGUCUGUCUACAUCUAGAUGGAGGGUUGGGUACCAUAUUUUAAGAUAAAUUAAUAAAUUAAUCAACUAAUAAUUGAUUGUGUGCACAGGCAGGUGACCAGGGUGUGACCCUUCAUGUUGUGAAGGGUCUGACUGUUUAGGGAACAAGGUAAUGGCUUUUGUAAAGAAAGAAAGUAUUGCGGGAAGCGGGUGCAGACAAGGAGGAAUGAUGUGCCAGCUGCCUCGAAAUUUCUGUUGAGCUGUAAAAUGGAAGGGGAAUUAGACUUCUUUGUGACUUCAAAGGGCAAAAUAUGAACAAAGAGGAACUUUACAGAUGACAGAUGAUGCUUCGAUAUAAGAAUUUUCCAGCAAGUGUUCUAAUGAGGAAUAGACUCACAGUAAAAUUUCAUAUUGGUGCAAAUGUCUGAGGUUUAAAAUAACCACCUACCUUGGGUGCUAUGAAAGGGACAUUGGAUUUGGUCUAGAUGACCACCGGGAUCCCUUCUAGAUGUAAGUUUAAUCUCAAUAAGGUUCUAUGAGUCAGUUGUCUUUUCCUUCAGAUAUGGUAUUUCAUGCUCUGUGAAAUAUAGUGCAGUCCCUUUGAGGUCUUCGGCAAGGGAUUCCAAGGCAUAUACUGCCCCCCUCCAUGUACUAAGGUAUUUGAGAUUCCUUAUAGAACAACCGAGUGGGUUGGGGAAUUCUCAAAGUGAAUUGAGAUCAUCCCAGCACCUUCUUUACUUAUUCAAGCCUAGCAUCCUGUCAAGAUCUCUGCCUCAUCUGUUGGUGUCACAUGUGUUUGUGAGAUCUUAUUUUUCCUCUCUUGGUUAAUUCUCAUUGCCUUCAUGCUUUUACCUGGACUUUUUUUUUCUUUAAUAGAGAUGAGAGUUAUGUUACUUGAGCUGGUCUCAAACUUCUGACCUCCAACAGUCCUCCUACCUUGGCCACUCAAAAUGCUGGGAUUACAGGCAUGAGCCACAAUGCCAGCUGGGAUUUUUUUUUUUUUAACUCAAGAAUUGAGAAAAUCCCACAUAAGUUAUCUACAUUUAGCAAGCAAAUUAUUAUUAUUAUUUUUUUUUUUGGCUGGGGCUGGGUUUGAACCCACCACCUCCGGCAUAUGGGACCGGCGCCCUACUCCUUGAGCCACAGGCGCCGCCCUAGCAAGCAAAUUAUUAACUUUUUAAAAAUCUACUACCUUGAGGCUCGGCGCCUGCCACAUACACCAGAGCUGGCGAGUUCAAACCCAGCCCUGGCCUGCCAAACAACAAUGACAACCACAACCAAAAAAUAGCCAGGCAUUGUGGCAGGUGCCUGUAGUCCCAGGUACUUGGGAGGCUGAGGCAAAAGGAUUGCUUAAGCCCAGGAGUUUGAGGUUGCUGUGAGCUGUGAUGCACUCUACCAAGAACAACAUAGUGAUACUCUAUUCUGUCUCACAAAAAAAGAAAAACUACUAGCUUGAUUCCGUCAAAUUUGUUUUACCUCUACUGUUGUUAGGAAACUGACAAUAGAUCACACUUACAGGUUUGGGGUUUUGAGACACACUGUGUUAUGGUCCAUUGUUUCACUUCCAAGAAACACAGUGGACAAGGCCCUUUCUGAUUCACUUGGGCAGGUUUCAACUUGCUCAGCUUACAGCCAUUGCUGGGAAAGCGGCAUUUGUUUUCUGUCCGCACGGAUUUUACGUUUCUUGAUUUUUGCAUAUCUCAAACCUUUCCUAAUGACCCACAUACUGUGUAUUUUUGGACCUACUGUUUUACCAAGUCUGAAUAACAUACGUAGAAAUAACCUGCAUAGAACCCACAGACGGGCAAAUAACCUUUUUGUGUGCUGAUUCUCUGCCAUCCUAGACCUUGGUUUCUACUUUAUAAAAAUUUUUUUUGUGGUCACAAAUUCUUUUUUUUUUUUUUUUUUUUUUUUUUGUGGAGACAGAGUCUCAUUUUAUGGCCCUCAGUAGAGUGCUGUGGCCUCACACGGCUCACAGCAACCUCCAACUCCUGGGCUUAAGCGAUUCUCUUGCCUCAGCCUCCCAAGCAGCUGGGACUACAGGCGCCCGCCACAACGCACGGCUAUUUUUUGGUUGCAGUUUGGCUGGGGCCGGGUUUGAACCCACCACCCUCAGUAUAUGGGGCCGGCACCUUACCGACUGAGCCACAGGCACCGCCCCACAAAUAAUUCUUGUCUGUUACCAAUAAUGUGAAAAUAUUAAAAGUGAAUUCAUUUUACCAAUAAGCACAUAGUAUUACUAUUAGAACAUAAAUUAGAUGUCAUAUGAUGUCAAGAACUGUGCUUUCUUUUGAGUCUAGGACUUGCUUUUCAAUUUUACAGUAAAAGGAUAAGAAAUGUGCCACCAUUCUCUGUCAAACAAGAAAACUCAAGGCACUUUGUGGGGGGACCAUUAAACCUCUUUUGCCUGUUUAUGUAGACACAGUACUAAUUAUUCCAAAAGUUUACAAUUCAUAUUAACUAUUUGGACAGUUUUGUUCUUUUUUUUUUUUUUUUUCUAUGUAGUUUUCCUACUCUUUCAUGCAUUAUUGGUAGGGCUCAUAACCCUUGAAAACUUUUUUUUUUUUUAAUUUAAAAUAUUAAUUGAAAUAAAAUUAAUUUCUACUCAAAUCCAGUGGUUUGGAGCAAGAAUUUAUUUCCCUAGAAUCUCAUGUUUCCAAGAAAUAUGGUCCAUAGACGAGGCAAGGAGUAUCUUAUUCUGUUUCUAGUACCCAGCACAAAGCUUAGAAUAUAAUAGGGUUCAGCCACCUUAAAUCCUUGCUGAUAGGGCAAACAUAUAUUUAAGAAAUAAAGGAAAAUUACUCAGAUGUUCAGUAAAGGUUUGCUAGAAGAAUAUUGACCCUGAGACUCUAAGACAACUUAACCCUUAUUUAUCAUCAAAUACUCAUGUCAAAGCAAGCAAACAUGCUUUUAUUUCCUAGAGGACUUAAAUAAUUUUGCUUUCCUCAUAUUCCUGCCUCCAGAAUCAGCUAAUAAUAUCUGUCAGCACUCAAGACACUUAAGUGUGCUGCUGAAUUUAAGCCACAGUAUACUCGAUUCACACUGAAAAACAUUUCUUUGACCAAAGGCACAGUGGUAUAGAUGCUGCCCAUAGUCAAGAUUAUUGGUUCAGUUUUGUUCCUACAAGUCAGACGGAUCCAGGAGCCCCAACUUUGUCUAUCUGAAUAGUCAGCAGGAGAAAAAACAUUUGAUAGAAAGCACAGCUGGUCUUGGGGUGUUAGGUCUUUGUUUUUCCCAAUAUUAACCACUGACCAGUGUUAACUAUGUGCUUAUUUUAUCACCAUAGUUAGAUGGAGGUCUGAAAUAGUUAAGGCAGAAACUGAUGAGAUGAAAUCACAAUUUCAGAGUGAUUUAGAGUUCCUAAGUUUAGUGCUGGGAAAGCAGAGAAUUAACUGAAUUUUUCUUAAAAGCUCUAGGAAUAUUAAAUUGGUAUUAGUAGGAAGCACCACCAUCAGCCUACUUUUAGAAGGGAAGGAUAACUAAUUCUUCUAAGAAUGAUGAUUGUAAGUUAAUUCCAAGCAUAUGUAGGUAAAGUUUGGGUCAUGCUAAGGAUGCAAUUUAACAAGAAUGUCAAACAAAAUUGAUAAAAUUAAGUCCAUAAAAAAGUAUGAUCUGGUGAAUGAAUGAUCUCUAACACUUCACUACCAUGUCCAUCCAAAUCACAACUCUUCACACAAACUUAGGGCACUCUCACCAAGUUUCUAAGAUCUUUUCUAAACAUUACCAAUGUCAAAGUGCCAGUUCUCUACAAAUCAUUCUUUCUUCUUCUUUUUUUUUUUUUUUUUU